GCUUUCUUCCGCUAGGGGUUUUGAUUGGUCAGCCAAAAAAGGUUACCUGGGAGUCCAGCACCUCCCCACACCUCUCGGGCUCCCUGCCCUGGGACUUUGAUUAGGCUUUACUUUCACCAAACCCAAGGAGGUAACAAGAGGAGCCCCUGCACAGGACCUAAGGAUGCUGUGACCAGAAGAUGGGAUCACGGAAUAGCAGCAACGCAGGAUCCGGGUCCGGAGACCCCUCCGAGGGUUUGUCCCGAAGAGGGGCUGGCCUGCGACGGAGUGAAGAAGAGGAAGAGGAGGAUGAAGAUGUGGAUCUGGCCCAGGUACUGGCCUAUCUCCUCCGCAGAGGAAGGGUCUCAAUGUGUUGUCCAGGCUGGAGUGCAGUGGCUAUUCACAGGUGCAAUCAUAGCACACUACUGCCUCAGACUCCUGGGCUCAAGGGAUCCUCUUGCUUCAGCUUCCUGAAUAGCUGGGACUACAGAGGCCAAGUAAGGUUGGUACAGGGAGGAGGUGCAGCAAAUUUACAACUCAUCCAGGCCCUCUCGGACUCAGAAGAAGAGCAUGACAGUGCUUGGGAUGGUCGUCUUGGGGAUCGAUACAACCCACCUGUGGACACAACCCCUGACACCCGGGAGCUGGAAUGCAAUGACAUCAAGACACAAGUGGAAUUGGCCACAGGGCGGCUGGGGCUUAGGCGGGUAGCCCAGGAGCACAGCUUUCCUCGAAUGUUGCACCAGAGAGAACGGGGCCUCUGCCAUCAGGGAAGCUUCUCCCUCGGAGAACAGUCUCAAGUGAUGUCUCACUUCUUGCCCAAUGAUCUGGGCUUCAUUGAUACCUACUCUCAGAAGGCUUUCUGUGGCAUCUACAGCAAAGAUGGUCAAAUCUUCAUGUCUGCUUGCCAAGACCAGACAAUCCGACUGUAUGACUGCCAGUAUGGCCGCUUCCAUAAAUUCAAGAGCAUUAAAGCCCGGGAUGUAGGCUGGAGUGUCCUGGAUGUGGCCUUUACCCCUGAUGGGAACCACUUCCUCUACUCCAGCUGGUCUGAUUACAUUCACAUCUGCAAUAUCUACGGGGAGGGAGACACACACACUGCACUGGACCUAAGGCCAGAUGAGCGUCGCUUUGCUGUCUUCUCCAUUGCUGUCUCCUCAGAUGGACGAGAAAUUCUAGGAGGGGCCAAUGAUGGCUGCCUCUAUGUCUUUGACCGAGAACAGAAUCGGCGCACCCUUCAGAUUGAGUCCCAUGAGGAUGAUGUGAAUGCAGUGGCCUUUGCUGAUAUAAGCUCCCAAAUCCUGUUCUCUGGGGGUGAUGAUGCCAUCUGCAAAGUGUGGGAUCGACGCACCAUGCGGGAAGAUGACCCCAAGCCCGUGGGUGGACUGGCUGGACACCAGGAUGGCAUCACCUUCAUUGAUAGCAAGGGUGAUGCCCGAUAUCUCAUCUCCAACUCCAAAGAUCAAACCAUCAAGCUCUGGGAUAUACGACGCUUUUCCAGCCGGGAAGGCAUGGAAGCCUCACGCCAGGCUGCCACACAGCAAAACUGGGACUAUCGCUGGCAGCAAGUGCCCAAAAAAGCUUGGCGGAAGCUGAAGCUCCCAGGAGACAGCUCCUUGAUGACCUACCGGGGCCACGGAGUGCUGCAUACCCUUAUCCGCUGCCGAUUCUCUCCUGCCCACAGCACUGGCCAGCAGUUCAUCUACAGUGGCUGUUCCACUGGCAAAGUGGUUGUGUAUGACCUCCUCAGUGGCCACAUUGUGAAGAAGCUGACUAACCACAAGGCCUGUGUGCGUGAUGUCAGUUGGCACCCUUUUGAAGAGAAGAUGGUCAGCAGCUCGUGGGACGGGAACCUGCGUCUGUGGCAGUACCGCCAGGCUGAGUACUUCCAGGAUGACAUGCCAGAGUCCGAGGAAUGCCCCAGUGCCCCAACCCCAAUAUCCCACUCCUCUACAGCCUUUUCCUCACCCCAGUAGAUUUGACCUCCAGCCCCACACAGGGUGAACCUCUUGAUAAGUGCUCUGCCUUCUCUUCCCUUUCUCCUUUUUGGGGAAUGUUUGGAGGAAUCACUGGCAUUGGAUCAAGCAAAACAGAAUCCUAGGCUCUGAGUCCCAGCUGAGCCAUGGAAGAUCCUCCCCUCGGGGUAGAGUGGUCUCCUUGUGCACUCAGACCCGUUUGGCUUGGAUUCCUAUCUCUGGCCAGGGUCUGGCAGGACUGCCAUUAUCUGGGGUGUGGCCUCUGCCAGCAAGAGAACUGUCUCGAGUGUUUUUAAUCAUGUUUGAAUAUUAGGUGUUUGUUCCUAGAGUGGAUGCCUGAGGCCAGGUCUGAACAGACCUGUCAGCCAGGCCUUGCCCAGGUCUUCAUCUUGAAGAUUAGACUGGCCAAUUAGAGGAUCAGGUGUCCUGGUCUUUCUUCCUGAGGUCUUUAGGGGAGGGCAGGAUGAGUAAGGGUAUUUACUCAGCACCCUCAUGGAAUGGGGAUUAUGUUUUCUCUCAUGUCUGGGUCUUGGGGGUAGGAUGGGCCAUGAUGUGAGAGACAGGAAUCUCCAGAACUUCCUUGAGACCCCACACAGAACCCUCUGGGCUAAAAGCCCACAGUUUUAAGAAAGAACGUUGAAGUAGGAUUCCAUCCUCUCACUGACUGGCUCCCUCAAUAAACUCUUUGUGGGAACC